GACUUUCAACACGCAUGCGUGUGAUUUAACUUCGUUGGGUCAAAAUCAAAUAAUUCUCUUCAAAUGUGUAACUGGUAAUAUCAGGUUUAGACACGUGUAAAUUAACUUGUUUGACUGUUGAACAGUUUUCCAAAUUUCCUGUGCACCAGUUAAAUAAAUCAUGGCUGAUCGAGACCGGAACAAAGGUCGUGGCCAAGGAAGAGGUAAAAGGACAUCCGGGCAUUAUCAGGCACCUUCAGAACCACGUUCUCCUCCUUGGAGUCGUCCAGGUCCAUCAGCAGGUCCAUCAGCAGGUCCAUCAGCAGGUCCAUCAGCAGGUCCUUCAAGUCCUCCUUCAAGUCCUCCAUCAGGUUCUUUAUUAGGUCUUUCAUUAGAUCCUUUAGCAGGUCCUUCAUCAGGUCUUAUUCCUUCAUUAAAUCCUCAGUUACAACCAGGAUCAUCAAGAGCAUCAACAUCAAGAGCAUCAACAUCAAGAGCAUCAACAUCAAGAGCAUCAACAUCAGAACCUUCAACGGUGAGUGCUGGCAGAGCCACUCAAAGGGGCUUAGAUGCUAAGAAAGAAGAUGUACCAGGAUAUAGCCAAGGAAGUUCAGAAUCAGCGCAAGGAGGAGAAGCAGGAACGCAAUUGGGAAGAGGAGCUAUGCGUGGUAAACGCGCGAUAGUUCGGGAAAUAGUAACAAGACCACCUACUUUGCAAAACAAAAGAGGUACUUCUGGAGAGAGUGCGGUAAUGCAAGCAAACUAUUUUGCAUUACUAUCAACACCUGAUUGGUGUUUAUAUCAAUAUCGAGUUGAUUUUGCACCAGACGAAGAACGAACUGCGGUCCGUAAAGGAUUACUUAAACCUCAUAGAGGUCAAUUGGACUCAUUUGUUUUUGAUGGAACUAUUUUAUACUCUAGAACACGUAUGGCAGAUAUGGAAUUUUGGUCUCAACGACAAUCGGAUAAUACUAAUGUUAGAAUCACUAUACGUCUUGUUGGAGAUAUGAAGCGAGGCGAUCCACAUUAUAUUCAAUUUUUUAAUACAAUUAUGCGAAAAUGUCUGGUUGCAUUGAAACUUGAACUUGUAGGACGCGAUUACUUCGACGAACAAAAUAAAAUGGAGGUACCUCAUUAUAGACUAGAACUUUGGCCUGGUUAUCUCACAUCUAUAAGGCAACAUGAAAGCAAUAUUCUUAUGUGUUCUGAAGUUAUACACAAAGUCAUGCGCCAGCAAACUUUGUUAGAUAUAUUGAGGGGGUGUUACAAUAAAUAUAAGGACCAAUAUCAACCAUACUUUACAGAGCGAGUUGUUGGAUUAGUCGUACUUACUGAUUACAACAACCACACUUAUCGUAUAACGGAUGUAGAUUAUGAUGCAACCCCGAGUUCAACGUUUACAUUGAAAACCGGUGAUACAGUAUCGUACAGAGAUUAUUAUAAAGAAAAAUAUCAAAUUGAGAUUAGAAACGGUCAUCAACCAAUGCUUGUAACAAAAUCAAAAACGCGUGACCGUAAUGCUAUGCAAGCUCAAAUGGUGUACCUUGUUCCUGAAUUAUGUCGUGUAACAGGUAUAGAUCAGGAAAUGAGGGAGAAUUUCACUUUAAUGAGGGAUUUGGCAGACUAUACACGUGUAAACCCAGAGGCACGUAUAAGAAGGUUAAUAACUUUUAAUGAAAGACUUCGCUCGGAACCCGAAAUCUCAAAAGAAUUAAGUGACUGGAAUUUGAAACUUGACAAUAAAUUGGUUACUGUACCAGCACGUAUUUUGCCAUCAGAAAAAAUAUAUUUGGCCGGCAAGCGACCAGUUUCUACGGGUAAUUUUGCUGAUUGGACAAAAGAAUUGCAUAAUAAACCAUUAUUCAUAGUAACUCAGUUAAAACAGUGGACAUUAAUCUCCCCGCUACACAGUAAACGCUAUCUUAAGGAAUUCCUCCAAUAUCUUUCACAGUCUGCACUUGGAAUGGGUUGUCGAAUAGACAAACCAUAUGUUGUCUAUGUUGAUGACGAUCGAACCGGUACUUAUUCCAGUGCUCUGGAGCAUGAACUGAGUACUACUUGUCCUGAAUUAAUGUUUUGCGUAGUACCAAAUAAUCGAACCGAACGAUACAGCGCAAUAAAGAAAAAAUGUAUUUUGGAUAGGCCGAUACCUUCACAAGUUUUACUCCACAAGACUCUUACAAAUAGAAAUUUAAGAACGAUAGCUACGAAAGUAGCUAUUCAAAUAAAUUGCAAAUUGGGUGGUGCUCCAUGGAGUAUUGAUUUGGUAUCAAAGAACAUGAUGGUGAUCGGUUUUGACGUGUGUCACGACCCUGUCGAUAAAAGUAAUGAUUUUGGUGCAAUGGUUGCGUCAUUAAACGAAAAUUUAUCAAGAUUCUUUACUGUAGUAAACCCUCAUACUGGAGGAGAGGAACUUUCGACCUCUUUCGCGAAAAAUGUAGAAAAUGCUUUGAUAGCUUAUAGAGAAAGGAAUAAAGUUCUACCAUCGUACAUAGUCAUCUAUCGUGAUGGCGUUGGUGAGGGCCAAAUACCGCUAGUAUAUGAACAGGAAUUAUCACGUAUACAGGUUAAAUUAAAUACUAUUUACGGAGAAGCUUCCUUAGCAGUUAAAAUGGCAUUUGUGAUAGUUACAAAACGAAUUAAUACUCGAAUCUUCUAUAGAAAUGCAAAUCCUCCGCCGGGUACAGUUGUCGAUGAUGUUAUAACUAAUCCAUUAAAAUAUGACUUUUUUAUUGUAUCUCAAAGUGUCCGAAGAGGUACGGUGUCACCAUGUUCAUACAAUGUAAUUGCAGAUAGUACAGAGUGGAGACCUGAUCAUAUGCAAAGAUUGACAUAUAAGUUAUGUCAUAUGUAUUAUAAUUGGUCUGGUACUGUAAGAGUUCCUGCACCUUGUCAAUAUGCUCACAAACUUGCAUACUUAGUGGCACAAUAUUUACGUUGUUCACCAGAGAGAAAGAUGCGAGAUGUAUUAUACUUUUUAUAAUCUCUGUUGAUAUACGUCAUACUAUUAUUUCUUAAAGUACAAAUUAAGAUAUAUAAAUCAUAAACAAAAUAAUUUGAAGUUAUAUUUU